UUCUUCCCAUUAAUUUAUUUAUUGAUUCACUUUAUAUCCUGAUCCCAGCCCCCAUAUCCCCUCUCUCCAUCCCCUUUUCCCUUCUCUGGUAAGAGGAAGCACCCCUUUCCCAUAACAAACCAUACUAGCACAUCAAGUCACUGCAGGACUGGGCACAUCCUCUCCCACCAUGGCCAGAUAAGGCAGCCCAAUUAGGGGAACCGAAUCCACACAAAGGCAACAGCGUCAGGGAUAGGCCCUGCUCCAGUUGGGGAAUCUGCAUGAAGACCAAGCUGCCCACCUGCUACAAGUGUGCUGGAGGCCUAGACCCAGGUCAUGCUCUUUGGUUUGUGGUUCAGAUUCUGGGAGCCCCCAAGGUCCAGGUUAGUUGACUUUUGUUGGUCUUUUAUGCCCUCUGGGUCCCUCAACUCUUUCUUCAGCUUGUCCACAAGACUCCUUAAGCUCUCUUUAAUGUUUCCCUGUGGGUCUCUGCAUCUGUUUCGGUCAGUUGUCGGGCGGAGUCUCUCAGAGGACAGUCGUGGUGGGCUCCCAUCUGCAGGGUAUCAUGAUAGUGUUAGAGCUUGAUUCUCGCCUACGGAAUGGGUGUUGAGCUGUGCUCGUCACGGACUGGCUGUUCCUUCAGUCUCUGCUUCAUCUUUGUCCUUGCACUUCUUGUAGGCAGGACAAAUUUUGGGUUGAAGGUUUCGUGGAUGGAGACAUGUUAUUUUCAACUCCGGACCAACAUAAGAAAUCUUCCAUGACCUUCCCAGCCAUCCCUUCUGUUGGCUCAAUAACAGACAUAUUAAAUACCAUCCCUUAUCUUAAUGUUUUGGAGGAUAGGCUAGAUAUUCCUUUAGGGGCUAAGCGCAUUAUGCAUGACCUUAAGACAGUCUUUUGGAGCUGGAGAGCCGACCCAGCAGUUAACAGCACUUGUUCCUCUUCCACAAAGUUUGAUUCCUAGAACCUACACGGAACAAUUCACAGCACCUGUAACUCUAGCUCCAGGGGAUCGGACAGCCUCUUCCGGCUGUGAUCACCUGCAGGUGAUCCGAGAUAACCAAGCCAACAAGCUCAGUCAGUGUUUCCUCAGGCAGCGCUAACCGGAUUCAGUAAGUUAAAAAAAAAAUGCCUGAAGAUGGGAAGGUAAUGUAUCGGGGCAAAUAGGAAGGGGUAGUAGUUAUGAUCAAGACACAUUGUAUACAUAUAUAAAAUAAUCAAAGAAUAACACUAAUAUCCCCAAAAAACAAAACAAAACAAAACCAAAGGAAAAACUCAUUACUGUUCAAUUUUCACUUAUAAACACUUAAAACAUGUCACCACGGCUUUAAUCCUAGUUUUACAUUUUUAUCAAAAGCCCCUAAAAAUGAAACUUUUGCGACUCUCUCUUGACCUCUGAAGACCCUAGCAGCAUCAAAACACUGCCUUGCAGAAGUCUCUGACUCAGAAUUGCCUAUGUUACAAAAGAAGGAGCUACAAUGGUAAAGUAUGUGGCUGGAAAUCCCCAUUCGCAGCCUCCCCAUCCUGUGGUAGGUGCUCCAAGGAGUUUCCUGAUGAGUCAAGGAGGAGUCACAGAUCAGAGGAACCUGCAGCAGCCUGCAAGUCACAAACCCUCACCACUUCUCCGGCAGCUGCCUCUCAGUCAAUGUGGGAGGUCCGAGCUAAGCACCGGCCAGUGCCACUCCUGGGCAGGUGGUCCUGGGGUGCAUAACAAAGCAAGCCUGGGAACAAGCCAGAAAGCAGCGUUUUUCUGUGGCUUCUUCAUUUCCUGCCUCAAGUUCCUUUGAUGGUGGACUGAGAUGUGGAAGUAUAGCCAGAUACUUGGUUUAGAUCAUGGUGUUUAUCAAGCAAUAGGAACUCUUUGUAAAAGACGGCAUGGACAUUGUUUUUUGUCUUAUUUGACAUUCUGACUAAACUCAAUAUUGCUCAACAAGGGCUUAGAAAAGUUCCGAUUGGUUUGGCUUAGUUUAUUUUGCAAGGGGAGCUAUUUUCUUUGAGUAAUGUAAACCUACAGAAAAGUUUCUUAUAAAGGGUAAUUUUCCAGCAUUUCAAGACUCUGGGUUACUCCACACAUCCCCCAGUUUUUGAGAACCAGUUUCAAAACAAAGAAACUAUCCCUUCAACAAAAAAAAUCAAAUAGCCUGAGAUGUCAGUGCUCACCUGCAAGCCCCAGCACUUAGGAGGCGGGAAGAGAUCAAGGCUAUUCCGAGUACACAUAGCAAAUUCAGGGAGACCCUGGGUUAUACGGAGGUCCAUUACAAACGAAAACCUCAAAAAGCCUGGUGUGGCCUCCAAGCACUAAUGUGAACACUCAAAAGGCUGAGGCAGGGGGUCAGGAAUUCAAGGUCAUCACACUACAUUACAAGUUCCAUGCUCACUUCUAAGUGAGAGCAGGUGUCCUCAACCAAACAAGCCAGAAGCUACCUUGGACAUCUCCCACCUAGCGUGUUACUGUCUCUGUCGUCAUAUGACUUUUCUCACAAUAAAUAAUUCAAAAGUUACUGAAUUCUUUCCUCUGGUACUGCCAGUCUUCCAUGAUUAGGACAUGAACUCCCCAGGGACAGAGAAAGCAUCCAUCUCCAGUCACGGGCACCCUCCAUUUUUGUGACUUUAGUCUCCAUGCAAGGGUUGUACAGAGAACAGUCAUCCCCAUGCACCUCCUCUUAAACUUCUCCUCUACAAACUCACCCAACAAAAUACUGUUUUACCUCUAAAAUAUUUCCAAAUCUCAUUGUCAUCACACAGGCUCAGGUUUGUAAACAACGCACUUGCACUUUGGGAAGUGAGAAGCAACUUGAACUAUUUAGAUGAAAGCAUUCGAUAUUGACCUGAACGUAAAAGACUAGAUCGACACUGUAUUUAGAAAAUGAUGCUUUAAAAAGUGGGGAAUGGGUGUAGAAAAUGUAAUAUGUAUAAUAUAUAUAUAAGUUUCUCAGUAAUAAAGAAUAAAAUUAUAUAUCAUUGUCAGGAAAUGGAUGCAAGUGAGGAUGAGCGUGUUAAAUGAAUUAAGUCAAUCUCAGGAAGGUAGCAUAUUUCUUUCAUUUAUGGCUUCUAGUUUUUGGAUAGAUACUUAAAAUCAUGUAUGUAUAUGUGACAUGAAAGUAGAAAAAAAUUGUCUAGGGAACAAAAGGGAUCAAGACAGGGAGGGGACAGGAGGAAUCUUUUCUAAGUAUAUUAUAUAGUUUAUGAAAUGACUUUAUCUAAUCCAGAACUAGAGACAGUGGCUAUACAUCAAUGCAAAUUAACUCAUUAGUUUAAAAAUGUUUCUAUGAAUAAAACACCAACAUCAGAUUAAAAUGGGAAAAAAAAUCAGCAUCUCAAAUGAAAGAAAAGCAAAAGGAGCGUGAAAUACUGUUGGGACAAAUGGAGAAGCUUCGUAGCUAGUUGUUCUCAUGUGACAUUGCUUUCUUGAGUAUAAAGCAUUGUGGUUACUUCCAUAGCACCUUUGGUUUGGUGCUUACCCCACAACCAUAAAGACCCAAGUUCACAUCUUCAGCACCCAUGUAGUAAAAAGUUAUGCAUGCUGGGACAUGUGUGUAAUCCCACUGCUGGAGUGAUGGAGAACGCUGGGGGCUCUAGACCACUCAGUCUAGUUGAGUUGGUGAGCUCCAAGUUCAAGUAAGAAACCCUGUCUCAAAUAGAUAGAUAAAUAAAUAAAUAAAUAGAUAAAUAAAUAAAUGGGAUGGAAAUCGAUGACGGAAGACGCACAGUGUCAACCUCUGGCCUCUAUGAAGCACACGUUCUCAGGCAUCCACCCGCACACGCAUGCACACACAGAUCACCGACACGUACACAAUAACAUAAUGUAUUAUUAGGAGUAUUUAGGGUAUUGUUCUAGUUUGGUUUCUGUUGCUGUGAUACAUACCAAAAGCAAUUUGAGAAGGAAAGGGUUUGUUUCAUCUUUCAGGUUACAGUGCAUGGUCAAAGGAAGCCAAGACAGACAAUAAAGCAAGAGCUUGAAGUAGAGAUGGUGGAGGAACACUUAUGGGCUGGCUCCUUGGCUCGAAUUUUGGCUACCCCCACCCCCUCUCUUUCCUCUGUUUUUCCAAGACAGGGUUUCUCUAUGUAACAGCCCUGACUGUUCUGGAACUCACUUUGUGGACCAGGUUGACCUUGAACUUGUAGAAAUUCUCCUGCCUUUGUCUCCCAAGUGCUGGCAUUAAAGGCGUGUGCAUCUAGGGUCACCCGGCUUCUGUUACAUUUCUUGUACAUACCAACCGUACCUGUUUAGGAUGGUAUCACCCACAGUGGGCUGGGCGCUCAACCAAGAAAAUGCUCCACAUACACGCCUAUGGGCCAAUCUGAUGGAGGCAGUUUUUCAGUUAUGCCUACGGACCAAUCUGAUGGAGGCAGUUUUUCAGUUAUGCCUACGGACCAAUCUGAUGGAGGCAGUUUUUCAGUUAUGCCUACGGGCCAAUCUGAUGGAGGCGGUUUUUCAGUUAUGCCUACAGGCCAAUCUGAUGGAGGCGGUUUUUCAGUUCAGGUUCCUCUUCCGGAACAUGUCAGGUUGGCCGCUAACAUCAGUUACCACAGAUAUCUAGGAUGUUUAGAAAGGUAGAUAAUAACACUUUCCAUUUAUUAUCAAAUGAUUGAGAAAAAAGUAAAGAAGGCUGCAGAAACUGUACCACAGAAGCAUCUCAAGCACCCUAGGGAGAGCCUAGAGAAUAUGUGUCAAAGGGCACAGGGAAGAGCACCCUGACUCCCAGGGAGCAAGGGUCAAGUCAGCCGUGGGAACAGAUGCAUAAGAAUUCUGGUGACAACCGUGGCCCUCACGUCCCCGUUUGAAGACUUUACGCUGCUGGAUAGACCGGACAUGAACCGGGCAGACUGGAAAGGUGUUGCAGUGCCUUUCUGGCUUCUGCUUUCUUGAGAAGGCCUGGGCAAAGCAGACAGUGUUCAUUGCUGUCUGUUCCUUCACCUGCCAUUGGCCCUGGAGGUGUAUAAACCCCAAGAGUUGAAAGAGAGCCAACUCCACGAAAGAUCAUCGUUCUCCCUCUCUUCCACAGCCCAGGGUCCUGAGAGCAAGCAAGAGCACAAGAGCAGCAGGAGGGUCUGGCUCUCAAUCCCAGAACCUCCCUAGAGUCUGUCCUGCCUUUUGUUCGACCAGGACUUAGGCUGGCACAGUGGAGAUCUCCUCAUUGGAAAAGGCUGGAUCCUCAAAGAAAGCAUGCAGCGGGCCAGACCUUGGACACGCCCUCAUCGCUACUCUCAGUUCCCACCAAAGCCUAUGUGCUUCCUGUGCCUUGUCCGUUAUUUCACAAGCUGUUUCUUGCUUGUUCUGAAGUUGCAGGAGAGAAGUCUUCAUUUUCUGUCAGAAGCCACGUAGCUGGCUGUAGUCCUUCCUGGCCUGCAUCAUGGCCAAUACCCGUGUUGACCAUCUGCUAAACACCCUGGAGGAGCUGCUGCCCUAUGAACUAGAGAAAUUCAAGUUUAAGUUGCACACCACCAGCCUGGAGAAGGGCCACUCUAGGAUCCCCCUGAGCCUCGUGAAGAUGGCCAGGCCAAUAAAGCUGACCAGACUCCUGCUAACCUACUAUGGGGAAGAAUAUGCUGUAAGGCUGACCCUGCAGAUCCUGCGGGCCACCAACCAGCGCCAACUAGCAGAGGAGCUUCACAAGGCCACAGGCCCAGAACAUUUGACUGAAGAAAAUGGAGUUGGCGGUUCUGUGCAGUCUUCUGCAGAGAAUAAGGACAAGGGUGUGAAGGGAUCAGAUGUCCCUGGAGAGGAUGAGGCACAGCAGAACGAUGAUGAAUCAGACAUCCUGCCACCCAUCCAGGCAGAAGUGGGGAAGGGGCCCCAGAAGAAAUCACUGGCCAAAAGGAAGGAUCAGAGGGGCCCUGAGAGCCUGGACUCACAGACCAAGCCAGGGGCCAGGAGUGCAGCACCACUCUAUAGGAGAACCCUGGUGACCCAGUCCCCAGGGGACAAGGAGAACAGAGCGGGUGCUCAGCUCCGCAGGAAUGCCAGCUCUGCAGGGAGGCUGCAAGGACUCUACAGCAAUGUCCCAGGGAGGAGAGAGAUCAAGAAGGCUGAAGUGUAUUUGCCUUCAGGAAAGAAGCGACCCAGGAGUCUUGAAAUUACCACUUACUCAAAAGAAGGAGAACCCCCAAAUUCAGAAGCUCUUCCGACUCAAGAGGAAACAAGAAAUGGCAGUCUCAUUCGUACGAGAACAGCCACCCUGAAUGGAAGGACUACGGGGACUCUGGAAAAGGGUGUAGGGAUUCCAGAACAUUCCAUGAUGCUGGAUGAAGAAACAUCCAGAAACAUGUCUUCCAAAAUAUCGUUGACUAGGGAGAAGAGAUGCACUGCGUCAUGGACAGAAAAUGGAAACGGGGGUCCAGAAACCCCAGAGACCUUGGGAGAGACAGUCAGCAGCAUACUCUGUGACUCCUGCAGUCCAAAAGUGCUGCUGUCAUUAGGUGAAAAACUGGCCCAGACUCCAGAAGACCCAGCAUCUUUAGGACAGGCAGCUUCUAAAGGUAUCCUCCCCCAGCGCUCCAGAAAACGCGAUGCAGGCCCAGAAAAAUGCACAUUUACACAUCUUGCACAACAAGUUGCAUCAAACUUCGGAAGGUCACGGGACAAGGUUGCAUGCCCUCUUUGCCACACCCAAGGAGAACUGCCUGCUAAGGCCUGUGUGCAAAGUUCCUGUAGCUGCUCGGUUGCUCCUGGGGACCCCAAGGCCUCAGGCAGACACUCCAUAUGCUUCCAGUGCCAAAGCUCGCGUGCAGGAAAGAGCUGUGAAGCCCAGAGCCCCCAGUUCCUACCACAGUGCCCACGUCACAUGAAGCAGGUGCAGCUGCUCUUCUGUGAGGACCACAGGGAGCCCAUCUGCCUCAUCUGCAGGCUGAGCCAGGAGCAUCAAGGACAUCGAGUGCGCCCCAUAGAGGAGGCUGCACUACAGUACAAGGAGCAGAUCCGGAAGCAGUUGGAGCGCCUGCGGGAGAUGAGGGGAUAUGUGGAGGAGCACAAGCUUCCGGCAGACAAGAAAGCAGAGGACUUCCUGAAACAAACAGAAACUCAGAAACAGAGGAUAUCAUGUCCGCUUGAGAAGCUAUUCCAAUUCCUGGAGCAGCAAGAGCAACUCUUUGUGACCUGGCUGCAGGAGCUAGUCCAGACCAUCGGCAAGGUCCGAGAGACAUACUACACCCAGGUUUCCCUACUGGAUAAGCUGAUUGGAGAACUAGAGGCCAAGCAAGACCAGCCAGAGUGGGAGCUCAUGCAGGACAUUGGAGCCACCUUGCACAGGGCUGAGACGAUGACUGCCUCUGAGCUGUUGGGCAUUCCUCCAGGCGUUAAAGAAAAACUGCACCUGCUCUACCAGAAAUCAAAGUCCGCCGAGAAGAAUAUGCAGCGUUUCUCAGAAAUGCUGGGCUCCGAAAUGGCAUUCAGCGCUUCAGAUGUAGCAACACGGGAAGGGUGCAGGCCUAGCACAACCAAGGCCCAGGCCUUGAUCCCCACCGUUCACCUAAAGUGUGAUGGUGCACACACACAGGAUUUCGAUGUAAUACUUUGCGCAGAGCUGGAAGCUGGAGGAUCAGAACCUCAAGAUUACCUUCAUCCGUCGUCAGCUCAAGACACACCUGAGCUACACGAGAUCCAUUCUCAGAACAACAAAAGAAAAUUUAAAUCUUUCCUGAAGUGGAAACCUUCCUUCUCCAGAACCGACAGGUGCUUAAGAACAUGCUGGUAAAUGCCUAAAUCAAGUUGUCGUGACUGGGACCUAGCAGCUGUUCACCCCAGCCUCAUCUUCUGUGGUGAUACGAAGAGUGCACGGACCUGCUGCCUGACACUCUCCAGAGGUUCUAAAGUUACAUCACCAUGCUGGGGACUACUCCUGUCUUGGACUCCAGCGGCUGUCACUGGGAGGUGGAGUAUGGAGACAAGACAGUUCAGAGUCCCAGGAACUUGCAACGCUCUGGCGAGCAGGAAGGGGACUAUAACUCAGUGGAGAAUGGCUCCUGGUGGUAAUAAUAGCAACGCAACAGGAAGGCACAUUUCUCCAGCCUGUGAAUGAGGGUGGCCCCAAGCAGGCGGGCAGCUUUCUAGACUACACAGCUAGGAGCAACAUGACAUGUACCUGGCCUCUGGCUUCUCCCCUCCAGUUCCUGUCAACCUGCCUUUAACCCUGGGGACAUGAAGAACAACAUAGCUCUUUGGACCCUCAGUCCUGCCAGUGACCAGAUACUUCACCGAGCGCCCAACACUGUGCCAACAUUCUGGCUUAUGCCUCACAUUCAUGCACUCGGAAGUCAUUAAAAAGGUGUCAGCUGGUGCAAGGAAUGGAAUGAAUAGGAAGAUAAUAAACUGAGAGGCUGAGGCAGGAUGGUACCCGUGAGUUUGAGUCUAACUGGAUGGAUUCGGGUUACUCUGACUGGGGUCCAGCCGUCAAAAAGAAAAAACAAUAUUGUACUUGUAUUAUUUAGUACUAUUAUUGCUGUAAUAAAAUAUUCUGACAAAGCAA